AAACAUUACUAUGCAAGCACUUUGUGUAUCCCCGCACAUCUCUUCGUGCGUCGUUCGCAUUCAUGCGGUGCAGUGCGAAUACAUUUUAAACAAUCUAAUGACUUAUAUCCUGAUCUGCAAAAAUGGACUUACAGCAAGAACAUGUGCUUAUGGAGUUGGAGAGCUAUGCACAACCAGACGAGCCGACGGCCAUACCUCGCGAGAGCAAAUCCGUGAUGGCUACGCAUGGCUAUUUGGCAGCAUGCAACCCAAUGUUUGAGCGCGGUUUAUUGUCACAUCAAAGAGUGACUGCUCAAAAUCAACACGUUCUGCACAACAUCUUGGAAGGAUAUCGCUACUUCGAAAACUGGACUAAAGAAUUGGAAGAUAUGAGCGACUUCCAACCUAACUCCCCCAGAGAGAGACGAUUUCUGGCAUGGCAGACGUGGGAUUUGCUCAGAAUUGCAGUGUCUGGAUUCCAGGUUGUAUGUGCUGAUUUCUUGAGUAGGCAUUGCGAUAAACAUUACAUUUCCCCGCUACGCAUCAACGGCAGCGCAGUGGAAAGUCUUUUCUCAAGGCUUAAAGCUUACACAGGUGGUAAACUCACAUCUAUAAGCUACCAGACAUCUAGAAAAAGUAUUAUCAUACAAGAUGAGACAAAACACCCUAGUAUCGAGGGAUACCGAGACGUACCGUUAUUCUAUCACUAUGAUGGUUGAAUGAACAGGUUGACCGAUAUCAUGCAUCAUAAACUGUAAUUUCGGGUUCGAUUAGUAGAUCCUAUUGUAAAUGCCAUGCAGAAAGUUUACAGUUGCUUUUUAGCCAAGCAGUAAAGUUCAUCGCGCAAGG